AUGUACUGCUCACUUGUAAUUACUAUAUUCUUUAGCUUCUUCUCCAUGCUCCUUUUUAAACUUACUUUUGAGGGCUGUGAGCACUCCCUGGCUACUAUGCUCAGCUGGUCUCUCUACGGCUUUUUCACUGACCUUUACGACGACAAGACCUUCCGGCUCUUUUUGGCCUUCUUCAACUUCUUCGGCAAGGUCGUUUCUCACUUAAUGCUCGUCAAGGGUGUUCCUCUCAAGUUCUACACUCACUGCUACCCUGUGUUUAAGCGGUACGAGUUCGUCGGGAAGUCCUGCAUCUUGUGUUCUCUCGAGAAGAUGCACUUGCUUCCCCUUGCUCUCAUGGUGAAGAAGACCUUUGUCAACUUUAUGUACUCUUUUUCGAGGCUUUUGGGUGCUGUGCUCGACAAGCAUUUGGGCAGGAGCUUGAUUUGGUUUAAUUUGUACGGGUUUUUCGGCGUUUUCCUUACGGUGCGCCUUCUCUUCUUUGUUGCCUUCCUCUUCACCUUGAUGGUGGUUGUAAAAUAUUUUUCGAAGCUGUUGGACGCCAAGCCCUUUAACAAGCUGGUCAUACUCACUCUGGUGCCCUCUGUUUUGUUUACGGCCUUGGCUAGUUUUCUGGUUUACAAGUCCUUCUUUUCACUCUGGUACUUUGUCGGAUCUCUCGUUCUUACCGGAGUGAUGUUCUAUACUAACCAUAAACACUUGAGGAUGUAA